AAGCAACGACAAACGCCAUCACCAAAAUUACAGCAUUGCACAUUUUUACACUUUAUUAUUGAAUUUUGCAGAUAAUUAAAAGGCUUUUUUCGUUCAUGGCAUGGACGGUGGAGGCCUCCUUCAGAAAGGAAUAUAGCAUAGAUGAUUUUGAGUUUGAUGAAUUGUCUCAUGAUGCUGAUUUUGUCUUAGAUCCAGCAGAAAUAUUUGACGAAUUACCUCAGCCGUUUCGACUUAUCGAUAAGACGGUUGAGUAUGUUUUUGACCGAGCUUGGGAAGCUAUUCUAGAGUUGGAAUUUAGAGCUAUUGAACUUGGCGGUAAGCUUCCGAUUUUCGAAGUUAGCGAAGAGGUACCCCAUCUAUUACAAGCGAGCUUAAUGUGCUCAAGUUCUGAUGGAAAAUAUCUGUUUGUCGCGGCCAAAAGCGGAGUACUGUUUGCUGUUGAUUCUGAAACAACUGUCAUUGUCGCUAAAAACGAUGAAGUCCAAAGCAUGACUAUAAAAAAUAUCUCAACUGCCAAUCUCAUCGACAGCAAAUAUUUGAUAUGCUUGCACAUGACAAAUGAUACAGUAGCAAUACUUGCUCUCUCCGGAACUUAUCUUCAUCUUGUGAGUUUGCUCAAUGAACACACUACGGUAAAAGGCUCCCAUAUAUCUUGUGUUUUUAUGUCCUUCGAUGGAAAUUUUAUUGCUCUUUGCUCGCAUCUUGAUGUGGACUCCGUUUGGCUUGAUGUUUAUACAGUCCCAAAAGAUACUUGGAUGGAUGAAAUGAAUGAAAUGGAAGAAAAAUUAAAAUUUGAUCAGGAAGUUAAUUCAAAAGGUGACGAGAAUGAGAAAAAAGCUGAAAAUUUAGAAAACCAAUCAUCUGAUUCAGAGGAUGAUCUACUGCAUACCCCACUGUCUGUCUCAGUCACUCAAGUGGAUGAACAAUUCGACUAUCUUAAAGAGAUACAUUUCACCAAACCAACAUUGCUUCUGAGAAUCAAUCCUUCAUUGAAUGUCACCCCCAAUUCCGCUGGCAAUAUUAUGUCAGCCAUGAGGGGUAUGAAUCAGGAUUGUGAUGUUAUAGGAACUGGAACUAAUCAUGUGCUGCUGCCAAAUUACUUUGAAAAUAGUGAAAAAGUGUUUCAAAAACUGCAUGAAGAGUACCUGCAAUAUCUGCCAAAAAAAGAAAUUCAUUUCAUAAAAAGAACACCUAGUGUAUAUUACUUAACUCCUGGACGAUUUAUUUCUACUGGAAUGCUUAAAUCUCCAGAUCAAUCGAACAGUGUCCUAGUAUAUUGGUCAGAAACAUGUCAUGCUAUGAUAUAUUCAUUAGUAAAACCUUCAAAAGAUAUCCAAAGGAAACCUGAUUUUCUGCUGACAACUUCUUCCAGGAUUCUUGCAUGCAAUGUCAGCAUUUGCAAUUCAUACAUUUCUUUUGGAUUGGAGAAUAACAACAUUGUUACAUGGGAUAAUUUGACAGGUCUACCUUUAGCAGUAGUAAAUCUACAUCAUCUUAGUCAAAUCACCUUGCUUCAAUAUCUACCAAAUAUCAAAGAAGAUGACUCUAAACGAGUGUUAGUCAGCUUUUCUGAUGGCAAUCUCAGCAUGGUCGAAUAUCAUAAGAUCAAUGCCACAAUCAUUAACUUAUCAUUAAGUAAGGUAAAAGACCCGGUUAUUGAAAUAAAGUGUCUGCAAAACAUCCCACACCUGGCGUUCAUUCAAAAAAUGUGUGGUAAAAUUUUUGUGUUAGACACUACGAGCAAAACACUCAAGUAUCAGAUCGCUCUUCCCAAACCCACUUUAUUGCUGAAGGGAUUCUGUUUUUCCAAAUCCUUAUCCUGUUUCUACGUCAGAGGUGGACGCAAAGAUGAAUACAACGAAGAGAUGUUACCUGAGAGUGUCUGCCUUCACAAGUUGGAUUUGCGAAAUUUCCUAUUGUCUAACAAUGUAAAGUUAGAGGGUUCGAACCGAGAAAAGCAAAUAAGAACUUUGCAAAGUUUUCGUCAAAAAACUGCCACAUUUCUCGAGGAAAGGAGGUCGUCUUAUGAGCGACGACAACGAAACUACAAGACGAGAUGGCGACAGUUGGAGAACGAGUUGAGUCACGUAAAGCCGGGAAAUCUAGAGCAGUCUCUUUGGUUUGCAGGGAGUGUUGGUGUCUAAAGAGAAUUACGAAAUAGUCGUUAAUAAAGUUCACAGGCAUAUGAAACAGGGUACGUGGGAGGCCCUUGGAAAAAGUUUACUUAUGAAUUUAAAGUUUUCUCUUCGGAGAUGGCACCAGUGUCUAUCAUGCUAAUGACGUGCGAGAUUUUUUUCCCAUUUGUCCUUGAUACUUCAGAAGUGUUAGAAACGCCCCCCGUGUUAGAAACACUUUCUGUGUUAGACCCCCUGUGUUACAAACACCCCCCGUGUUAGAAACAUCCCCCUGUGUUAGAAACACCCCCCGUGUUAGAAACACUUCCUGUGUUAGAAACACAUCUUGUUGUAUUUCUACUUUAUUUGUUUGAAUAAAAAAUGCAUUGUAAUUAUCACUUA